CGAUUAAAGUACAUCAAGAAUACCAGUCAAAAUGAAGACAAGAUUCAAUACUUAUGAUAUAAUAUGCAUGGUAGCGGAGUUACAAAGAUUGGUGGGCAUGAGAGUCAACCAGGUAUAUGACAUUGAUAAUAAAACAUAUGUCAUAAGAUUCCAGCGUUCCGAGGAGAAAGUAGUGUUACUUUUAGAAUCCGGCAACAGGUUCCACACAACACAGUUUGAGUGGCCCAAAAAUGUUGCACCAUCUGGAUUCACUAUGAAACUACGAAAACAUUUAAAAAACAAGCGUCUAGAGAGCAUAAGUCAAUUAGGUGUGGACCGUAUUGUAGCACUGCAGUUUGGUAGUGGAGAGGCUGCAUAUCAUGUUGUUCUAGAACUAUAUGACCGCGGUAACAUAGUACUUACUGAUUACGAGUGGACUAUAUUAAAUGUACUCCGGCCACAUGUUGAGGGUGAUAAAAUAAGGUUUGCAGUCAAAGAAAAAUAUCCAUUAGACAGAGCCAAAACAGAUUAUUCAGCGCCCAAUGAAGAGGCGCUCAAAGAAAUAUUAUCCAAAAGCAAGCCCGGUGACAACUUGAAGAAAACUCUUAAUCCAAAUCUUGAGUUUGGUGCAGCAGUAAUAGAUCAUGUGCUCUUAGAAAAUGGACUAACGGGAAAUAUGAAAGUAAAUAAAGAACAAGGUUUUUUAGUAGAAAGGGAUUUGGACAAAUUGGUAAAAGCUCUGAAACAGGCAGAAGAAAUGUUGGAUAAUGCAAAGAAUACAGUGGCCAAGGGUUUUAUAAUACAGAGGAGAGAAGAACGGCCGGCUGCAGAGGGUGAGACUAAAUUCCUUUUAACCAACCAGGAGUUUCAUCCCGUACUAUUUGCUCAGUACAAGAACCAACCUUUUGUUGAACAUGAAACUUUUGAUAGAGCCGUUGAUGAAUUCUUCUCAGCUCUUGAAGGACAAAAGAUUGACAUGAAGACAGUCCAAAUAGAGAGGGAAGCCAUGAAAAAGCUCCAAAAUGUUAGGAAAGACCAUGACAAGAGAGUGACAGAGUUGAGCAGAGUUCAGCAAGAUGAUAGGAAGAAAGCGGAACUGAUAUCCCGGAAUGAAACAUUGGUGGAGCACGCUCGUAUGGCAAUACAGACUGCGCUUGCUAACCAGAUGUCAUGGGACAAUAUUAGCUUAUUAAUUAAAACAGCUCAAGACAACAAGGACCCCAUAGCCUCAGUUAUAAAGAACCUCAAAUUGAACACCAACCACAUCACCUUGCUUCUCUCAGACCCUUACGAUGAUGAUAGUGAAGAUGAUGAAGAAGAUGAUGAUAAGUUAGAUCUGAAACCGAUGCUGGUUGAUAUAGAUCUGUCUUUAACAGCAUUUGCUAAUGCUAGAAGAUACUACGAUCAGAAACGUAACGCAGCAAAGAAGCAGCAAAAGACCAUAGAGUCUGCGGACAAGGCGCUGAAGAGCGCGGAGAAGAAGACGAAGCAGACCCUGAAGGAGGUGCAGACCAUCAGCAGCAUCAGCAAAGCUCGGAAAACAUAUUGGUUCGAGAAGUUCUACUGGUUCAUCUCCUCGGAUAACUAUCUGGUGAUAGCAGGUCGUGACCAGCAACAGAACGAGCUGCUGGUGAAGCGUCACCUUCGUGCGGGCGACGUGUACGUACACGCGGACCUCAGCGGAGCCUCCUCCGUGCUGGUGAAGGCGGCAGGCAGACCUCAGCCUCCGCCACGCACUCUGGCUGAAGCUGGCCAGGCAGCCGUCGGCUACAGCGUGGCAUGGGAGGCGAAGGUGCUGACGCGAGCAUGGUGGGUGCAGGCUCACCAGGUGUCAAAGUCCGCACCAACCGGAGAGUAUCUCAGCACAGGAUCCUUCAUGAUCCGCGGCAAGAAGAACUACCUGCUGCCGGACCAACUGCAGUUCGGAUUCAGUUUUAUGUUCAGGUUGGAAGACAGCUGCAUAGAGAGGCACAGAGAGGAGCGCAAAGCUUUAACGGCUGAGGACGCUUCUGACGUCAUCUCUGACGUCACCACACAGGACAACGACGAGGAGAUCGUCGUCUCCGAUGAUGAUGAACCGUCCGAUACUGAAGACAGUAAGAAAAUAGAUAAACUCGAAUCAAUCACAGAAGAGACGACACAGAUCAAAAUAGAAGACGCUCCAGAAGAGAAUGAGAAAGAGAGCAGAGAAGAGACUGUGGCAGAUGCAGCGAAAGAAGCAGAGAGCAGUGACGAUGACUCUGAUAGUGGAGUAUUGCAUACACAUAUUAAGGUAGACCACGGUACAGGAGAAGUUCAUACAGAAUCUAAAACAAGAACAAUAUCAGAAAUAUCUGAUGCAAGUGAUGAAAAAUUCACUUUCCCCGCAUUACCAAAGAUGGCGAAGAAAACACAAAAGAAAGAAAAGAAAAUACCAGAACCAAAGAAUGAGGAAAAGAAGGAGACAUUGAAGAGGGGACAAAGAGGGAAGCUGAAGAAGAUACAGAAGAAGUACAAGAACCAGGAUGACGAGGACAGAGCUCUGAUGAUGGAUAUGUUACAGUCGUCAAAGGAGUCAAAAGAGUCAAAGAAGGCGCAGAAGAAGGCAGCAGCUAAGCCUUCAAAGAGCAAAGCGGGCCAUGCGCGUGCGCAGCGCAUCCCGCAACCUGCGCCGCUGCUGCUGGAGGCUGACUCUGAAGAGGAACCUGAACCUGAGGUUGAUGGUGCUGAUGCUGCGGGCGCAGACACAGACGUGGAACUCCUGGCGCAGCUGACAGGUUGCCCAUAUCCUGAAGAUGAGCUGCUGUUCGCUGUACCUGUUGUAGCACCUUACUCCGCACUCGUUAACUACAAGUACAAAGUAAAGCUAACUCCGGGUACAAGUAAGCGAGGCAAAGCUGCAAAGACCGCGGUACAAGUGUUCCUGAGGGACAAGUUGGGGUCCGCGCGAGAGAGGGACCUCCUCAAGGCGGUCAAGGAAGAGAACAUCGCAAGAAACUUCCCCGGCAAAGUGAAACUGUCCGCUCCACAGUUACACAAACACAAGAAAUAA